AUGUCAUUCAAACCAGUUAAACACACUUACGGAUCCCACCCAAGACAAUUUAUUGAAGAGUUCAAGUAUGAUCCUUCUAUCAAGGACACAGUCAUCACAAUCCAUGGUGGUGGAUGGGUUCGUUAUGUUGAAAAGCCAAGUGAUUAUUUGAAGUUGACUGAAAAUUUGGACUUCAAGGCCAAUUAUUUCAGUCUUGAUUAUAGACUUUCAGAAUCUCAUUUAUUAAGAGAUACUGAUGAUGAAAACCCAGACAAGUUAUAUGUCAAGUAUCCAUUACAUUUAUUGGAUAUUUUACAAGGUUUGAAAUUGAUUUUUGAUAACUUUGAUAUCAAAAAGGUUCAUUUCAUUGGUCAUUCUGUUGGUGCUUUAUUUGCUUUACAACUUCAAGAUUUUGCUCAAUUAGUUCCAAUCGGGCUUUCAGAAUUGGUUAAACAAAAAUACAUCACCAAGGAUGAAGAAGCUAAACAUUUAAAAUUUGUUAAAGAUUUUGCUGAACAAUGGAAAAAAGUUGAGUUAGUCAAUGUUAUCUAUUUAUCAGGUGUUUAUGAUUUACCUCUAGGUCUUAGAAAGACUGCAACUGCAUAUCCAAGUGAUGAUCCAUUGAAUCGUUAUGCUUUUGUUUUAGAUGCUCAUGUUUCUGAAGAACAAUUUACUGAAGCUUCAGUUGUUACAUCUACUAAAAUCAAGGAGCCAUUUCAAACAAUCAAAGCUACAGGAAAGCAUAUUAUAUUACAUUCAUAUACUGAUCAAUAUGUUGUUGAAUACCAACCAUUAGCUUUGCUUGAAUAUUUCUUCAAAUUGGGCAAACCUAUUGAAUUUGUCUUGAAAGAUUUUGGUCUUCAUCAUGAUAUUUUGAAAGAUGAGAAGGCAUUUAAAAUCAUUUCUAACUUUUUAAAUAGUGAUUAA